GGGCUUUGGCAACGGCUUCGAGAAAUUGUGCGCGACAACGUAGCAAACAGUGUAAAUGGAGCUUUGAUAGCGAACGGAAGGACAAAUAAAACUGCUGCUCCGCUGUCAAAACUUCGAACUGAGUGUGUGUGUGCGUUUUAAAGUUUAUAACAAAUAGCAUAAAUAAAUAAGCAAGUGUGCGCGUACGUUUCUGAAACAAAAUGGCAAAACUCUUUGUAGUGUUUGCCGUUUUGGCUGUGGCGGCCAUUGGCGCAGCCAAUGCCGCCGAGACGCGUACAAAGCGUCAGGCCACCACCGAGGAGCCCAAGAAGGAGGAGUCGUUCGAGAAGGAGCUCUGCAAGGACAAAGAUGCCGGCGAAUGGUUUCGUCUUGUAGCUGGCGAGGGCGACAACUGUCGCGAUGUUAUUCAGUGCACCUCAUCGGGUCUGCAAGCGAUUCGCUGUCCCGCUGGUCUGUACUUUGACAUUGAGAAGCAAACCUGCGACUGGAAGGAGUCGGUGAAGAACUGCAAGAGCAAGAACAAGGAGCGACGUGUCAAGCCUUUGCUGCAUACGGACGAGCCUUUGUGCCAGGACGGCUUCUUGGCCUGCGGCGAUGGCAACUGCAUUGAGCGCGGACUUUUCUGCAACGGCGAGAAGGAUUGUUCCGAUGGCUCCGAUGAGAACACCUGCGACAUUGACAACGAUCCCAAUCGCGCUCCACCCUGCGAUCCCGCAGUCUGCGUGCUGCCCGAUUGCUUCUGCUCAGAGGAUGGCACUUCGAUUCCCGGCGAUUUGCCCGCCAAGGAUGUGCCCAUGAUGAUCACCAUCACCUUUGACGAUGCCAUCAACAACAACAACAUUGAGCUGUACAAAGAGAUGUUCAAGGGACGCAAGAAUCCCAAUGGCUGCGACAUCAAGGCCACCUACUUCAUCUCCCACAAGUACACCAACUACUCCGCCGUACAGGAGACCGCACGCAAGGGUCAUGAAGUUGCCGUGCACUCGAUUACCCAUAACGAUGAGGAGCGCUUCUGGUCGAAUGCCACAGUUGAUGACUGGGCCAAGGAAAUGGCUGGCAUGAGAAUUAUCAUUGAGAAAUACGCCAACAUUACGGACAACUCGGUUGUGGGCGUGCGUGCGCCUUAUUUGCGUGUGGGUGGCAACAAUCAGUUCACCAUGAUGGAGGAGCAGGCUUUCCUUUAUGACUCCACCAUUACCGCACCGCUGUCCAAUCCUCCACUCUGGCCAUACACCAUGUACUUCCGCAUGCCUCAUCGCUGCCACGGCAAUCUGCAGAGCUGUCCCACCAGAUCGCAUGCUGUCUGGGAAAUGGUCAUGAACGAGCUGGAUCGUCGUGAGGAUCCCGCCAACGAUGAGUAUCUGCCAGGCUGUGCUAUGGUCGACUCCUGCUCGAAUAUUCUGACCGGCGAUCAGUUCUACAAUUUCCUGAAUCACAAUUUCGAUCGUCAUUACGAUCAGAAUCGCGCUCCAUUGGGUCUGUACUUCCAUGCCGCCUGGCUGAAGAACAAUCCCGAAUUCCUCGAUGCCUUCCUCUACUGGAUCGAUGAGAUUCUGGCCAACCACAAUGAUGUGUACUUUGUUACCAUGACACAGGUCAUACAGUGGAUGCAAAAUCCACGCACCAUCAGCGAGGUCAAGAACUUCGAGCCCUGGAGGGAGAAGUGCGUCGUCGAGGGCAAGCCCGCCUGCUGGGUGCCCAACACCUGCAAGCUGACCUCCAAGGAGGUGCCCGGCGAGACCAUCAAUCUGCAGACCUGCGUCCGUUGCCCCAACAACUACCCAUGGGUCAACGAUCCCACCGGCGAUGGUUUCUUCUAAGUCAGCUUAUGAGAGAAUUAAGGAGGAGCAAAGCGUUAGCAGCCGCAAUCCAAAUUCCUACAGUCAAAACCCCCAGUCCCAAGCCCCAACCCCUGCCCCCAUUUCUUCUUCAGUUCAGCUAUGAAUCCAAUACACUCAAGACUAUAUAUUAUAACAUUUUAUGUUUGACUGUGCCGCGUUCUCCAGACGCUACAGCAAAGUUUCUGCUGUGUUACGUUAAAAAAGAAAAAAGAAAAAACUAAAACAAAUUGAAAAACAACCAACAAAAAAAC